AUGGAGGAGGAGAGCAUUAAGCAGAGUUCCCGAUCCUCUGAGGCAGCUGAAGAUGAAAAGGACCAGCGCACAGUGACAGUCAACCCGUCUCACAUGAGAAAGGCAUUCAAGGUCAUGAAUGAAUUACGGAGCAAGCGGCUCCUCUGUGAUGUGGUGAUUGUGGCCGAAACUGUGGAGAUGGAAGCCCACCGCGUGGUCCUUGCGGCCUGCAGCCCUUAUUUUUGUGCGAUGUUUACAGGAGACAUGUCUGAAAGUAAAGCCAAGAAGAUUGAGAUAAAAGACGUUGAUGGGCAGACCUUGAGGAAGCUGAUUGAUUACAUCUACACCGCUGAGAUUGAGGUCACGGAGGAGAAUGUGCAGGUUUUGUUGCCAGCUGCUAGUUUAUUGCAAUUGAUGGAUGUUAGAAAAAACUGCUGUGACUUUCUUCAGUCCCAGCUGCAUCCCACGAACUGCCUUGGAAUCCGAGCUUUUGCCGAUGUGCAUGCGUGUACUGAACUGCUGCAGCAGGCAAAUGCCUACGCAGAGCAGCACUUUCCUGAGGUGAUGCUAGGAGAAGAAUUUCUUAGCCUUAGUCUGGACCAGGUUUGCAGUUUAAUAUCAAGUGACAAGCUCACAGUCUCCUCUGAAGAAAAGGUCUUUGAAGCGGUUAUUUCUUGGAUAAAUUAUGAGAAGGAAUCUCGCUUGGAGCACAUGGCUAAACUGAUGGAGCACGUUCGCCUACCCCUUUUGCCCAGAGAUUAUCUUGUACAGACAGUUGAAGAAGAAGCUUUAAUCAAGAAUAACAACACCUGUAAAGACUUCCUUAUCGAGGCCAUGAAAUAUCAUUUGCUUCCUCUGGAUCAAAGGCAACUGAUAAAGAAUCCCAGAACAAAGCCGAGGACUCCCGUUAGCCUGCCAAAGGUGAUGAUCGUGGUGGGCGGGCAAGCGCCCAAAGCCAUUCGCAGUGUGGAGUGCUAUGAUUUUGAGGAGGAGCGGUGGGAUCAGGUUGCUGAGCUUCCUUCCCGGAGAUGCAGAGCAGGUGUGGUAUUUAUGGCUGGCAACGUUUAUGCUGUCGGGGGCUUUAACGGAUCUUUAAGGGUACGGACGGUUGAUGUGUACGAUGGCGUGAAGGACCAGUGGACAUCCAUAGCCAGCAUGCAGGAAAGACGAAGCACUUUAGGCGCAGCUGUGCUCAAUGAUCUCCUGUAUGCAGUGGGCGGCUUCGAUGGCAGCACUGGUCUGGCAUCAGUUGAGGCCUAUAGCUAUAAAACCAAUGAGUGGUUUUUUGUGGCUCCCAUGAACACAAGAAGAAGCAGUGUUGGAGUUGGAGUUGUGGAGGGUAAGCUCUAUGCCGUGGGGGGCUAUGAUGGAGCGUCCCGUCAGUGCCUUAGUACCGUUGAGCAGUAUAACCCAGCCACGAACGAAUGGACCUACGUAGCUGACAUGAGCACUCGACGCAGCGGUGCAGGUGUUGGUGUUCUCAGCGGGCUGCUGUACGCUACCGGGGGGCACGACGGUCCCUUAGUAAGGAAGAGCGUGGAAGUCUAUGAUCCAGGAACAAACACCUGGAAGCAAGUAGCAGACAUGAAUAUGUGUAGAAGAAAUGCAGGUGUGUGUGCGGUGAAUGGUCUCCUCUACGUGGUGGGAGGAGAUGAUGGUUCCUGCAAUUUGGCCUCGGUGGAAUACUACAACCCCAUCACAGACAAAUGGACGUUAUUACCAACCAGCAUGAGCACGGGGAGAAGUUAUGCAGGUGUGGCUGUGAUUCACAAACCGUUGUGACACACGAUCAAGCCAAUGCGAGGAGCAGAAGUGAAGUGGAUCCAGCUAGGUGGUGUUGGGAAGAUGACUGA